ACAUAUUCAAGUAGCUUAAACAACCAUAUACCAUGUGUGUGAAUCAUAAAUAUAAUUGUUGUUUUACUUGAUGAACUAAACACAUCCAUAAUAAAUCUCAUCUACAAAAUCACCCACUGGCCAUUAAUGGCGCCAAUGGUCUUUCAAAGCUUCCGGAAAAACCCAACUUUCCUGCACCAUUUUGUUCUGUUUGCAUCUGCGCAUACUGAAAAACUAUUACACACGGAUAACUUAGUAGCUCAUUUGAAGAACUGCUCAAAUUUUCCGGCUCUACAGUCCCUUCAAGCCUCGAUGAUCAAAACCAAUAUAAUCGAAGAUUAUUAUGCAAUGACCCAAUUUAUCAGGGUUUGUUCUUCCCUUAAUCAUAUAGAAUAUGCAUAUUCAGCUGUUACCCAGAUGAAAUCACCUAAUAUUAUCGUCUAUAAUUCAUUGAUCAGAGGGGAAAUUGAUUGGGGAAGAACAAUUCAAGCUCUGAAAUUAUACAUGAAAAUGCUGAGAAUACAAAUAUACCCAACUAGUUAUACUAUAUCUCCAUUAAUAAAGGCUUGUGGUCAAGCAUUUUAUGCAAAAACUGGGGAAAAUCUUCAUUGUCAUGUAUGGAAAAUGGGAUUUGAUGGUCAUCUUUUUGUUAUGACUGCAAUGGUUGAUUGUUAUGGGAAACUUGGUAAAAUUAUUGAAGCACAGAAGGUGUUCAAUGAAAUGCCUGAGAGAGAUUCUUACGCAUGGAGUACCAUAGUGUCUGUUUAUGCUCGAUGUGGACAUAUGGCUUCAGCUAGGUGCUUGUUUGAUGAGAUGCCUGAGAGGAAUGCUACAGCAUGGAAUUCUAUGAUUGAUGGGUAUGCGAGAUUGGGGGAUGUUGAGGGUGCGGAAUUGUUAUUUGAUCGAAUGAGUAAAAAGGAUUUGAUUUCAUGGACUACUAUGAUCACAUGCUAUACUCAAAGCAAGGACUAUAAAAAGGCCUUAUCUUUCUUUGAUGAGAUGAUGAAGAAUGGAAUUUUCCCUGAUAAGAAAACAUUAGCAAUAGUUGUUUCGUGUUGUGCUCAUAUGGGAGCUCUUGUUUUAGGAAAGAAGAUUCAUUUCUAUAUAACGUGUCAUGGAUUUUCACUCGAUGUUUACAUCGGGUCUGCGUUGGUUGACAUGUAUGCUAAGUGUGGGAGGUUAGACAGAGCAUUCUUCGUUUUUCUCAAUUUACGAGAGAAAAAUCUAUAUUGUUGGAAUUCAAUCAUCGAAGGACUUGCAGCUCACGGGCAUGGCAAAUCAGCAAUUGCAAUGUUCCAUAAAAUGCUGGGGGAGAAUAUUAAGCCCAACGGGGUUACUUUCAUUAGUGUUCUUAGUGCGUGCACUCACGCAGGACUAGCCGAAGAAGGGCGUGAGAUAUUCCGAAGCAUGAUUAAUGAUUUUCAUAUUCAUCCGGAGAUAAAACAUUAUGGCUGCAUGGUUGAUCUACUAUGCAAAGCUAAGUGUCUUAGAGAUGCAUUAGAAUUGAUUGGUAGUAUGAAAAUUGAACCCAAUUCAGUUAUUUGGGGAGCCGUAUUGAGUGGUGCUAAGCUAUGUCGGAACUUUGAGAUUGCUGAGAUUGCCGUUAGGAAGCUAAUGGAGUUGGAGCCUGAUAACUGUGGUUACCACAGCCUUAUACUUGGUAUGUUUGCUGAAGCAAAUAGAUGGACAGAAGUAAAAAAGGUUAGGACUAUGAUGAGGGAAGUGGGUAUUAAAAAAAUUUGUCCUGGGUCUAGUUGGAUUGAAUUGCAAAAUGAAUUGCAUCAGUUUGUUGCUAAUGAUAAUCGUCACUCUGCUUCGGAUGAGAUAUACGGUUUGCUUGAUGAAUUGUACGGACAACUGAAGCAUGAUGUUAUGGCAGAGCUGUAGGUGCACUAUAUUGAAGAGGAAAUGCAAGGCUUCAAUGGUGUGCAAUGCCAGAUGAUCUUUAAGGGACCAAAUGGAUAUACAAUGCAAGACUACUCAGUUUCACUCACUUUAAGCCCUCGUCCUCCUCUUCCAAUCUAAGUUUCACUCACUUGAUUGUGGAGGAAGGAAAUCCGUUACUCUCUUGUUUCACUCACAAAAGGAAUAAUGGUUGCAAGGAAGAACCCUCAGAAAGUUACACUUUCUUUAAAAAACUUCUGUUUUAUUAAUGAUCAAUGAAUGAGACAAAACAAAAGAAAGGCAGCCUUUAUAUAGGCCAUCCACACAAAGGAAACAACUCAACCAAAAAAUAAAACAAGAAACAAGAACUUAAGAAUUUAAGACUAAGCGUGCCUAGUCACUUGUGUUGCACGUGCACUAUAGACCGUGCUCCUGAUGUGUUAGGACCAUGAAUGAAAGAUGCUUGAACCUUCAAUACUUCCUCUUGAUUAGGAGGUGAGUCCAAGGUUUCAUCCAUGUCUUUGGUCUCUGAAUUAUCUACCAAAGAGUGGUCUGAGAUGCUUGUUUCAUGGGCUGUAGAAGGUGCUGCUCCUGAAGUUGAGUCAUUGCAUACUUGGAUAGUUUCUGAGUCAUCCAAAGCUGAGUCCUUAUAAGUUGAGUUGUUUGCUAGUGUUUUCUGAAUUGAGCUCAUGCUUGGUUCAGUAGGUCAGAGAAAGUACAGUAGAAGAGAAAGGGAAUCGAAGAGAAACAUGAAUCGUAUGGACAACUAAAGCAUGAUGCUAUAAUAUAGUCGAGCAGUGUACUCCUCUGAGCUCUUAGAGUGGCUUGGUAACCCCCAAAGUGUUUACAUUUUACAACACUCAGUGUAAAUACAAGAAUAAAAUUAUAUCAUCCUCUCCCAUUACUUAUAUAGGUAAAGCAAUGCCAUUCUAGAGUACUCUCUGUAACAACCUUUAAGACAACAACGGCAACAAUGCCAAAGUCUUGAUCCAAAAGAUUGGGGUCGGCUGAUAUCAUUUCUGUCGGUCGAUCAUAUGAGUUCUUUUCUUGUAUUCAUUUUGAUUUUAAUCCAUCUCAAUCUGUAAGUCUAAAUAUUCGUAUCUCUUUCCAGUUUUGCCAUCCAAGACCAUCUCCAGUUUUCUUCGCUCUCAUUUUAAGAUCUACGAGCUUGUACUUUCUAUCUUUCUUAUUAGUUCACUCUAAUUAGAGCUCAACAGUUAUAAUAGAAGUAUUAAAAGAUUUCCUUCUAGAUCUUUUGCAUAAUAGAGUGUAAUCAGCCUAAGCUUCCUUCUUGCUUCUAAAAACUACGUGCUAGAGGCUGGGCUUAACCCCUUUCAUGACACCUGACUAUCUGUAUAACAAUCGUCUAUGACUGAGUCAAGUGAGGCUGGGCUUUGUAUCAGAUUUCUGGUCUUACAUUCAUUGUUUUGUCUAGUUUUUCAAAUUUCAAUUUAUCAUGCCUAUUGUGCUGCAGUUUUAGCUUGCUUGACACUCAAUAUUGAUAAAGGAAGGCACAAGGCACUCGGAGGAGUACCUGGCACGGAGUUCUUUCCAAAUUAGAUAUAGCUGGUGUCGUAUUUGAAAGCCUACAGAGGAAAGAUUGCCAGGCGGACGAAGAUAUCUUGGAGCACUAGCUAUGCAAAGCUUUUCAAGAGAUUUAACCGAUUCUAAACUACUUCCAGUGCGUGAUGAAGCAAGGAAGCUUGUUUAGGAGCUCCCUCAGGCUUCAAAUAAUCUUGAAACUCUUGAGGACGAAAGUGAAAUGCUAAAACUGAACAUCUAACGGGAGUGCACAAAUGAAACAGGGUCUGCAGAAACCACUGUCCAUGAGCAAGUGCUGUAGGGUACUUCUCUAUCCCUCUUUAGUUCUUUUGCCCCAAAUGUAUGAAAUGGUUCUCACUCACAUAAACAAAGCAUUUUGGGUUGAUAUUGAUCCCCUAAAGGGACAUAGUGUGCACUGAGAAAGUUUCAUAAGUUAGUGGUCCUCUCCUUGUAACAGCUGACAGGUUCUCCGCAGUGUAACACGAUUCACCAUCUGAUUCACUUUUUGAAUUCGUGAUUUCCUUAAAAUGGCGCCAAUAUAGACCAAAACCGACCAAAAGUCGCUUUUUUGAUUUGCAAUUUACUAGAAAAGUAGUGAAUCAUGUGAAACUGUUUCUCCAUCAAUUUCAAUUCCAAUUGUGUAUUUUGUUAUUACAAUCUAAUCCGUAGAAGUAUAUUGUUUUUUUGUACUUGGAGUGUUUAGGGACUUUAAUUAUGAGUAACACUUCCUUUGAAGAAUUGAAGUGCAUAUUUGAGAUUUUGUUUUCUUUAAUUAGAGUGAAUAUCAACAAUACACCAAUCGCACCUCUAAGUGUUGUUAAACAAAGAAGCAAAGUCAAUCUUUAACCACGUCCAAUCCACUCAUACCAUUGAGUAGUAUGAUGGAAGUACGGAACGGAAUUCAUAGGGAACAGUAGGACUCUCUACACUAUCCUAAUGGUUCAUUGUUGGACAACCUCGUUCUUGGGCUAUGUGGCAAUCUUGAGCAGAGAACUCAUGAAACAUCUCUACUCAUACCUAUUUCAAGUUUUGUUUGUGAAGUUACCCUGUGGCCUGUGCAGCUCCUCCGAUUUGAGAAGGGAAGCGCAAUGGUUGUCUCCUCGGAUGAUCGAUUAUGUGAAGGGAGGCUAGUCAUGAUGAACUUGAAGCUCAUCUUCAGACGUGAAGGUCGUGGAAGGUGUUGAGAGAUGGGUUUAAGAAUUUCCUUUAGUUAAUACUUUAUACUUCCUCUGUUUCAGAGCAAGUAUCCCACUUUUGCGUAAAUUUUAAAAAAAAAUGUAAGUUAAUAGAUAAAAAUAAAAGUUGGGAAUCAUGUGAGGGUCAAACGAAUUUGAAACACGAAUUGCUUUCUAAAUAAGGAAAUGGGAAACUUGUAGUGAAAUUGUCUAAAGUAGGAAUGACACUUGCUUUGAAAUGGAGGAACUAUGGUUUAUCUUAACUUGUAGCCUUACUCCCUAGUCCCUACAAUCCAUGAAUUAGAGACCCUUCUAUAAGCUAUUUUCUUUUUAUCGUGGCCCAUACUAAAUGUCAAAGUAGGUAGUAGCUAUGGCCUGUGGCAAGCAAGCUGGCAUUGCCUGACUAAGCCGAGAUCAUCAAAUUUUCCAGAUAUCUGAGCUCAAACAAGCAGAAGGGGCAACAUUCUUUAACAGCUGGUUUACCUGCCUAAAUUUCUUCUGACUUGGAAUCGAACUGCAGGUUGAAAUCUCAAUUAAAUGGAGAAAUUUACCAGAAUUUGAUGCUACCCGGGUUGAAUUUGAAGCUCUCAGACUAAGGUUUCACCUUCCUUGAGGCUUCGUAGUUGUUUGGUCGGCAGAUAAUGCCAUCCCUCAGCCAAAACCCCAAAUUUUUGUCACGUGCUCCAGCCGAAGCAAGCCAAGAGCAAAAGAAUUAGUCCAUGACAUACUGAUAGUUAGGUCAUUAUCGGGUUCUUGUUAGGAUUUGCAAGGGUUUAAGUGGGGAUAGAAGCUAAGAUUUCUGAGAGGAUUUACAUGGGAUGACGAUAAUGCUUGGUGCUUAACUUGGCUUGUUGCUUGUGCAUGACCGAUGACUAUGUUCUAAAAGUUCGCUUGGUUGUUUUUUCUUGAGCAGUCCAAAGGAACCAUAAAUUCAAGGUUACUAUGAUCUAUAUAUUAUGAUUUUGAAGUUUUUCUGGUUAGCAGCAUUUGGUUUACAGGUAAAUUUCCUCAGGAAUAAGGCCAGCUUUUAUCUUGGAGUAUAUGAUAAAGUUGAGUGAAUAAUGAGCAAUUUGAUGGGGGCUUGCAAAUUCUUGCAAAUUAUCAUAAUAUCCAGAAUCCCAUAAAAGUUAUUGUUAUGUGUUUGAGCUUUGAAGCACCAACACAAGGUGCCGAGUUUAAUGGAAAAAUUGAUUUUGAGAGGCUAGCUAUUGAAGGUGCAUGUUUCUUUAAUCUUAUUGAUAUGCCAAUUGGGACUGAUGUUUUAGCUCAUAUAGCCGACCAUAAUCUUUUUGAGUUGAGGCAUUGGCAUUUCAUUUAUAUGCCAACUAUGAAGCUAUAACGGUAAAAAAUAGAUCGAUUAUUGAAUCAUUUUUUGGGAGUAGAUCAAGAUUUGCCCUUCAUGCUUAUUUUGAUCAGGCCAUCAGGGGUAAGGUUGGAGAUUUGGCUAAAAGUAAGGGAAAGGUGGAAUUAUUCUUUCUUGUAGCUAGGUGCUUAGAAUCGAAUCUUUGUCACAAGAGUUAUAGGAAAAGACUUCAAUGACUUGACCAACCCAUAAUUUGGGCUCCUAAUGGACCCAGGACUCGUCGCACAAGGGAAUUUUCAAACUCCAAAUUAAGAUUGAUAGCUACUUUUGUCUGUUUUUGUCGAUUUAUAGUGAGGUUUUAAGUUUCUUUAAUGAGAUACUGAGAACCUUAAUAUGGAGCCACAUCUUAUAAAGGUGUUCUCUGUACUUUCCUAUAAAUUUCAAAUGGUUCACAUAUCCUUUUGAGUGUUUGAUGGGUUUGACGAAAUAUUGGUUUUGUAGAUGAUACAUUUAUGGUAAUAAGGACUUGGCAUGCAUAUGGUCUCUGAAUGUGAAGGAACUGUAGAAUGAGACCUCUUUGGGUGUGACGGAGUUUGGUAAGUGUGGUUCGAUAGUAAUUCCACCACCUUACGUUUCUGGCUCUAUUUUGAGGAUUGUGGUGAGGAAUGGACGUGUUUAACCGGGUACUAUUUGCGAGACUAAUUAAGAUAACGAAAACAUGCUCGUAAUUACUCUAUAUCACGUGUCGUUGAUUGUUAAUGAUCAAGUUUGUGAAUUUAUGAGAUAUAUCACCCUUUUUAACAUUCUCUUUUUCUUUUUGACCGAUUCAUUUAUUUCGGUUUUCUAAUAGCUUAAGCACAAAAGCAAUAAUAGAUGAUUUUCCUAUUUAUAAGA